CUCUUCCUCGCCUAGCCCACCUUCCCCAGCUCAGACUCUUGCUUCCGCUUCUGCUCCGCCCAUUAUCACCGACCCACCCCAAAGUUCCCGACAACCAGAAACCCUCCAAAUCUUCGACUUCGACUCCGCCAUCUCUGCCAUGCGCUCCUACUUCAGAUCCCUCCCCAACAAUGCCUCAUCCACCGACCCGGCUCUGAGUCCCUACAGCCCAUUGGUGCCCUGGAGCAUUGUCUUGUGGGACGAUGAGAACAGGAUGAACUUGAGGGUCAGGUGUUUGGGGCUCUUUGUGGAUGGUAUGGGUAGGCCUGUGAGCUCGGGGCAGAGAAAGGUGUCGGGAGAGUCAGGGAAGGAGUCAAGUUCGGGGUCGGAUACGGUUAAGGCGGGGGAAGCAGGGAAGCAGCCGGAGAAGUCGGCUCCGGAGGUUGGUGAGCAAGGAGAGCGGGGUGGAAAAGAGGGGGGCGGGAGUGGGAAGGGGAAGAGGAAGGGGAAGGGGAAGGAGAGCGGGAAUGGUGGUGGAGAGAAUAACUCCUCGAGGAAAAACGAAAGGUUGUUUUUUAGGCCUGUCUUAAUUGAUGGCUUUCCAUUGGGAUAUACCCCACUUGUAUACUGGCAACAAGAUUCGGAAGAGGUGAUGAGGGAUCAAGCGGUGAGAGUCAGGAUGAUGACGUUUAUGCCGAGGGCGGGUCAGGGGCAAGUUCAAACGGGAUCGGUUAUGGGAGGAGGAAGAGGAGGAGACGGAGUGGGAAGGGGAAUGAUGGUUCCUCAAGCGGGAGAGCAAAGAGACCAAGCUGUGCAGGAAUGGCUGGAAGUCGAGGCCAUGAGUGUAAGUGAAUGGCAGGCGCGGAUGAAGAAUCCGGAGUGGUGAUGAAAGCCGAGAGUUCUAAGAUGAGGAGGGACAGGUUGCUUGAGAUGUUCUUUUGAGGUGCGGAUAGAUGGUCGAGACAGUGGACAGAUGGAACAUAACAAUGUGUACGCAACAAACUUGCCAAGCAAGCUAAGACUCGGAAUUGAGCAAGUUGAUGAGACUACUGCCAAGAAUGGAAGAGAAGGAAAAAAGAACCUCGCACGUUGACGUGAUGAUGUGUAGCAGGAAAGAAAUUAGAAGUCUU